AAAGGCAUGACCAUUGUCAAAGGAUGAUGAGGGAUGGUGUUCAUUGCCAGAGGAUGAUGUGCUCGCACGACUAUCUGAUACGCAGCCUGGCGCUCUCGGUAUCGCUCCUCCGAUAAGGGGAACAAUGGUGCACCCUACGGCCGAGCCCGCGGUCUCUCCAGAAAGCCCUUUCCGAAGACGUCCGCUAAGCCAGGGAGCACGGAUGUUGCCAAGUACCUAUGGCCCGCUGUACACCCGCUCUAUACUGCCCUGCGCGUACCCACACUCCUGUAUACCGCAAACCCAAGCUCACAUGCCCUCCGCCUUCAUCCUGUGCGCCGAUACAUACCUGACGUCUUACCUCCCCUCCACGGGACUGCAUCCUCCCCGUUCCACGCUCCCCACCUUCCUCUUCCUUCCCCGGGUCCAUCAAGUGACUCGGCCCAUUACCCUACCCCUAGCCAGCGAAGCCCGCCAUCCAAGCCCAGAUGGCGUGAUUGCUGCAAAAGCGCGGACCAGAUGACGAGCAACGGAGCUCUCUUAUAUAUGCCACUCGCCACCGAUACCCGCACUCACCAGCCCUCCUAACCUUAUCUUAUCCUCUGCUCAGCGUACGCCAUGGUCGCCGUCACCACUA